AUGGACACAGACGACCUGAACGUUGACACGGUGGCUCGCGUUCUUGCAGGGCGAGUUCUCACAGGGCUGGUUCUGGCAUCUGAUUCCCGCCGGAACUCAGAGACCUCGAAAACCAUCGAGGAGGAUGUGGAAAGUGAGCACGAAGAGAACCUCCGAAGAGGGGCGCGCCUGUGGGCUGGGUUGGCCCUUGAUGACCCUGGAAGGGACCCUGAGGUGGAAGAGUCCGAGGCGCGGAAGAAGGCCGAGCAGGCCACGCACGAUGUUGCCCAGGAGGCGAUGGCAAUGCGCCAAGGAGAGCCCGGCGAAAGGAUCCAAGAUCAGGAGGACUCGGAAGGGCAGCUCCGAAGCACUGCGAGAGAAGCCGCCGAGCGCGCGGCGGCUGGGGGUGCUUCGCAGGCUUCACCGGCAAAGCCCGAGAGCGAGGAGAUUCUGGAGCCCCAGGAUGCGGAAGGCUCGACGCGGCAGCUGGCAGAGCAGGCCGUGCGCCCCGUCUCUGUUCGAGCUGCGGAGGAUGAGGAGAAGGCGAUGGCAAUGCGCCAAGGAGAGCCCGGCGAAAGGAUCCAAGAUCAGGAGGACUCGGAUGGGCAGCUCCGAAGCACUGCGAGAGAAGCCGCCGAGCGCGCGGCGGCUGGGGGUGCUUCGCAGGCUUCACCGGCAAAGCCCGAGAGCGAGGAGAUUCUGGAGCCCCAGGAUGCGGAAGGCUCGACGCGGCAGCUGGCAGAGCAGGCCGUGCGCCCCGUCUCUGUUCGAGCUGCGGCGGAUGAGGAGAAGGCGAUGGCAAUGCGUCAAGGAGAGCCCGGCGAACGGAUCCAAGAUCAGGAGGACUCGGAUGGGCAGCUCCGAAGCACUGCAAGAGAAGCCGCCGAGCGCGCGGCGGCUGGGGGUGCUUCGCAGGCUUCACCGGCAAAGCCCGAGAGCGAGGAGAUUCUGGAGCCCCAGGAUGCGGAAGGCUCGACGCGGCAGCUGGCAGAGCAGGCCGUGCGCCCCGUUUCUGUUCGAGCUGAGGAGGAUGAGGAGAAGGCGAUGGCAAUGCGCCAAGGAGAGCCCGGCGAACGGAUCCAAGAUCAGGAGGACUCGGAUGGGCAGCUCCGAAGCACUGCAAGAGAAGCCGCCGAGCGCGCGGCGGCUGGGGGUGCUUCGCAGGCUUCACCGGCAAAGCCCGAGAGCGAGGAGAUUCUGGAGCCCCAGGAUGCGGAAGGCUCGACGCGGCAGCUGGCAGAGCAGGCGGCUGGCGGGCUUGACCCGACUGGGAAGCCGGAAACGGCUGGGCCCAGGUUUGCUGUGGAAGAAGUCGUGGACCAGCCGCAGGAGGACGUCCAGCACUCUUACCUCAUAACGGUGGCAGGUGCGGCCACGGCCUCUAUGGCGCAGGAGGAGGACCCCGUGGAGCGCUCCGGGUGCACGGAGGACCUCAAGGCCUGGAGCAGUUUCGGGGAGCACAGCGUGGUGGAAGAGGUCGCGGAGGCUGUGGAGGUGAUGGCCGACGAAGUGGCGGCGGGCAAGCCCUAG